AUGCCUGUUCAUCACAUCUCCCUUCCUGUCCCCUUCAGCCAGGUCGAUGCCGAAGUGUCCUUCCUCGUCGCCGCCUUUGGCCAUAUGGACAUCAAGGAAUUCAUGCGUCCGGUUCCUGGCGUCGUCGGGAUGGGUGACGACAGGCCCUUUUUGUGGAUCGUGGGCCUCGACAAGAAGCAUGAACCUGUCCCCGAUGAUGCCCAGAUCACAAGGAUCCAUCUCGCUUUGUCUGCUAAGGACCGCUCCCAAGUCGACGCCUUCCAUGCGGCUGCUCUCAAAGCCGGCGGGACCUGCAAUGGACCCCCGGGCCUCAGACCAGAGUACCAUUCCGAUUAUUACGGCGCCUUUGUCAUCAGUCCUGGCGGCCACAAUAUCGAAGCUGUUGUGCACGGCCCGCCCGCGGGAGAGAAUUGA